UUCAACCUUGCUGCGAGGUUUUUUCUAGUCUCGCGAGAUCUCCGUCGUCCCCUUCUCGUCCAGCAUGGCGGCGCUGUAUGAAGCAUACACGUUGUGUGGACUCGUUUUGUCCCCCAGUCUGUCAAAUUCCGGCAUUCAGGGCAUUGAAGAGGAAAGGGAUAGCGACCAUGUAAUUGUCACCGACUCCAACAGAUGUGUGACUCUUUACAAGGUUUCAGACCAGAAGCCACUGGGGAGCUGGACUGUGAAACAAGGCAACUGUUUGACCUGUCCAGCAGUCUACAACACACAAGCUAAAGAAUAUGUGACUGUCACAGACAAUACGGUGAUCAGGAUAUGGAAGGAAGAAGAUGUUGCCCUGGAUAAGACAUUCAAAGCAACUGUGUCAUCUAACAUUUGGAGGGUCCACUGUGUUGUCGGAGUAGAUCCAGUGGUCUUGUUCCAGAGAGGAGCUGUGAGACUUCUUGAUUCUCUCCUCUCCGCUCCUCAGCAAACCAUUGAGGAAGUUUUGGCUCCAGAUGAAACCAUCAGGUGGAGUACCAACAUAGUGGCAGAAACGCAGCAGUUUGUCAUCUUCACCACAGAACAGAAGGGGGACCAUUUCCUCUACCUGCAGAAACUCAAUCCAAAUACGCUGCAGAAGUAUCGACUGGAGCGAGAAGAUUCCGGCCUCUCCCCUCUCAGCUUCUCUGCAUCUUGCAGAGAUAAACUCAUCUACCUGCUUUACUUAUACCCUAAUGGACAUGUCUACCAGAGUGUUAUCUCUCUGCGAGGCCUAGGGGCUGAUCAGGGCGCCCAGACCCUUCCACUUCCCCGUAACCUGCUGCUGGCGCUUUCUGUUGAGGGCCGGCUGGAUGCAGCUUCCGCCCUCCACUUGGAUGAAGCCCACAUUGCUGUAGUCGGAGUUCCUCACCCCUCGGCCGGAGCUGAUAAAGACUACCUCUGCAUCUGGAAUAUCAGUUUCCAGACACUUCAGGCAGGAAAAGAAAUGGCCGGUAAAAUCUUUGGACAGCUAUGGAGUUACUCCAGCAAGUUAUUCAUUCCACAUGGCAAAACCUUGUCUGUUAUUCCAUACGGGUGUGCCAAAUCUUCACUCGCAUCUGCCUUGGGCAAACUGAAGCAUGCUAAGACUGAAGAAUCCAGACCUCCUGUUUGUGUACCAUCUUGGAGCAACAUCUUACAUGGAGAGAGAGCUCAGCCUUCAAGAACGAUGGAGACUAGAAAACUGAGAACGACACGAAGGACCCAGUCAACCCCCAAUUUAACAGUUGAACAAGUUCUGGAGCUCAUCACGACAACAUCAGCAGAUAAAGUCCAGAAAGAAGUGGAGGACCUCUUUUGCAGGACAGACACCCAAGACUUGCAUCAGUGGGUAGGGCAGCUGGCAUCCGCGCUGGUGUGCCGCAGCAUGGCGGAUACAGCCUUCUACACGCCGACCACGUUGGCACAACUCGUGCAAACUCGGCAUCUCUGCCACAGUGUGUGCCCUGACCUGGUGCAGCUGGCCCUGGAAAAGAAGGAUUACUUCCUAUGUCAGCUCUGCUUGCAGUUUUUCCCUGACAUCCCAGAAGCUGUCACCUGCACCUGCCUGAAGGCUUUCACCAGUAUACUAGAUACAGAUGCAGAGAAAGUCAACCUGGAGCCGGACAGCGUCUCCUUCAUGGAAACAUUGACCUCCAGGGUGCAUGGUCAGGUUGGCUUGCGGAAUGGUUUUAGCUCCACUUCCUCGAAGGAAGACCACUCAGAUGCCUCAAUGACGAGAGCAGACGAGACAAAUUCAACACCACCAGAACUGACCUGUCCAGUCGACUUGCACAAGGCGGUUUUACUAAAUGAAAUCCUGCAGACAGCUUAUAGUGAUGACCUCCUCCUUCCACAUUUAAAAGAUCUCUCAUCCCAACAUGUUAUUCUUUUUCUCCAGUACUUGCAGUUUCUCUACCAAAAGUAUAAUCAAGCUGCAUUUCCUCAGGAGCAUGGCUGUAGAUCACCAAGUCUGACCCAGAUUAUGAAUUGGAUGUGUUUGUUGUUGGAUGCUCAUUUCACCGUUCUGGUCAUGAGUACAGAAGCCAAAAACCUGGUCCUGAACCUGUACCGCUACAUUAAUGCUCAGGUAAAACUGUUUUCUGAGCUUGGAAAGAUUGAGGGCACCCUGCAAGAACUCCAACAUGUGACGAUGAACAAAGACGUGGGAAAGUACUCCAUUGAAGUCAUAGAGCUUUUUUAGGUUUCAAUUGAAUGCUUUUAAAUAAAUAGCAUCAUAUCGA